AUGCUAUGUAAUGAAUGUAAUGACGAGAAUGCCAAAUAUCGUUAUAAAUGUUGUUUAUUACAUUUUUGCUCAUUAAGUUGUUAUAAAUCACAUAAAUGUAAUCGAAUUGAAAGUGAAGAUAAGAAUCUUGAUGACGAUAAAAUUAAUGGUUUAGUUACUGAGAAUUCUAAUUUGGUAUUUGAUACCUCAGCUCAACUUAAUACUCAGUUGGUUGAUGAUAUUGACCCGGAGAUUAAAAGAAGAUUAAACUCUGACGAGGAUUUAAAGUCUUAUAUAAAGGACAUAAAGGAGCUAUUGAUUAAUGUAACCAACUCAGAUGACCCAGUUGAUGUGAUACACAAGAAUAUGAGUAAUCAGCAGUUUAAACACUUUAUCAAUCACAUAAUCCUAAACUACAUUUAA